ACCCCAGACUGGCGGCGCUGCGGUCGGAUCCAAAUACAGAGAGGGAAAAUGGAGAUUUAACAACACUUCAUCCGCGUCAAAAUCAUCAUAAUCCUGCGUGCUACACAGCUGUGUUGGGUACCGGGAGCUAGAAUUGUUCGUCACCUGUCCGGCCCAGAAGGCUGAGGGGCUGCCAUCAUGUUCCUGUACAACCUGACGCUGCAGCGUGCCACAGGCAUCACCCACGCCAUCCAUGGCAACUUCUCUGGAACCAAGCAGCAGGAGAUCGUUGUUUCCCGGGGGAAGAUCCUGGAGCUGCUGCGCCCCGAUGCCAACACGGGGAAGGUGCACACGCUGCUGACGGUGGAGGUGUUCGGCAUCAUCCGCUCGCUCAUGGCCUUCCGCCUCACCGGCGGCACCAAAGACUACAUUGUGGUGGGCAGCGACUCGGGGCGCAUUGUGAUCCUGGAGUACCAGCCGUCCAAGAACAUGUUCGAGAAGGUGCACCAGGAGACGUUCGGCAAGAGCGGCUGCCGGCGGAUCGUCCCAGGACAGUUCCUCGCCGUCGACCCCAAGGGCCGAGCGGUCAUGAUUGGAGCGAUAGAGAAGCAGAAGCUGGUGUACAUCCUGAACCGUGACGCCGCGGCCCGUCUGACCAUCUCCUCCCCUCUGGAGGCCCACAAGGCCAACACACUGGUGUACCAUGUGGUGGGCGUGGACGUCGGCUUUGAGAAUCCCAUGUUCGCCUGCCUGGAGAUGGACUACGAGGAGGCAGACAACGACCCGACAGGAGAGGCAGCCGCCAACACCCAGCAGACCCUCACCUUCUAUGAGCUCGACCUGGGCCUGAACCAUGUGGUCCGCAAGUACAGCGAGGCGCUGGAGGAGCACGGCAACUUCCUUAUUACCGUUCCUGGAGGGUCUGAUGGCCCCAGUGGAGUUCUCAUCUGCUCGGAAAAUUACAUCACCUACAAAAAUUUCGGUGACCAGCCUGACAUCCGCUGUCCCAUCCCACGCAGGAGGAACGACCUUGAUGACCCCGAGCGAGGGAUGAUCUUUGUCUGCUCGGCCACACACAAGACCAAGUCCAUGUUCUUCUUCCUGGCACAGACCGAGCAGGGAGACAUCUUCAAGGUCACGCUGGAGACGGACGAGGAGAUGGUGACGGAGAUUCGGCUGAAGUAUUUUGAUACCAUCCCUGUGGCCACGGCCAUGUGUGUGCUGAAGACUGGCUUUCUGUUCGUGGCCUCCGAGUUCGGCAACCACUACCUGUACCAGAUCGCCCACCUGGGGGACGAUGACGAGGAGCCGGAGUUCUCUUCAGCGAUGCCCCUGGAGGAGGGGGACACCUUCUUCUUCCAGCCACGACCCCUCAAGAACUUAGUGCUGGUGGACGAGCUGGAGAGCCUGUCUCCCAUCAUGUCCUGCCAGAUUGCUGACCUGGCGAAUGAGGACACACCCCAGCUGUAUGUAGCCUGUGGCCGAGGGCCGAGGUCCACUCUGCGGGUGCUGAGACACGGGCUGGAGGUGUCCGAGAUGGCUGUCUCGGAGCUGCCCGGUAACCCCAAUGCUGUGUGGACUGUGCGGCGACACAUCGAAGAUGAGUACGACGCUUACAUCAUUGUGUCUUUCGUCAACGCCACUCUGGUACUGUCCAUCGGGGAGACUGUGGAGGAGGUGACGGACUCGGGCUUCCUGGGCACCACGCCUACUCUGUCCUGCUCCCUGCUGGGCGAAGACGCGCUGGUGCAGGUAUACCCAGAUGGGAUCCGGCACAUCCGCGCCGACAAACGUGUCAACGAGUGGAAGACGCCGGGGAAGAAAACCAUCGUGCGCUGCGCGGUCAAUCAGAGGCAGGUGGUCAUCGCGCUGACGGGCGGAGAGCUGGUCUACUUCGAGAUGGACCCGUCGGGCCAGCUGAACGAAUACACGGAGCGGAAGGAGAUGUCCGCAGACGUGGUGUGCAUGAGCCUGGCCAACGUUCCUCCUGGGGAGCAGCGCUCCAGGUUCCUCGCGGUGGGGCUGGUGGACAACACCGUGAGAAUCAUCUCCCUGGACCCCUCGGACUGCCUGCAGCCCCUCAGCAUGCAGGCCCUGCCCGCCCAGCCGGAGUCCCUGUGCAUCGUGGAGAUGGGCGGAGUGGAGAAGCAGGACGAGCUGGGAGAGAAGGGCUCCAUCGGCUUCCUGUACCUCAACAUCGGCCUGCAGAACGGUGUGUUGCUGAGGACUGUGCUGGACCCAGUGACUGGAGACCUGUCUGACACGCGCACUCGCUACCUGGGGUCGCGACCUGUCAAGCUCUUCCGGGUCAGGAUGCAGGGGCAGGAAGCUGUGCUGGCCAUGUCCAGCCGCUCCUGGCUCAGUUACUCCUACCAGUCACGCUUCCACCUGACGCCGCUGUCGUACGAAACGCUGGAGUACGCGUCGGGCUUCGCCUCCGAGCAGUGUCCCGAGGGUAUCGUGGCCAUCUCCACCAACACGCUGCGGAUUUUGGCACUGGAGAAGCUGGGUGCCGUGUUCAACCAGGUGGCCUUCCCCCUGCAGUACACACCCCGAAAGUUUGUCAUCCACCCCGAGACCAGCCUCCUGGUCCUGAUCGAGACCGACCACAAUGCCUACACCGAGGCCACGAAGGCACAGCGCAAACAACAGAUGGCGGAGGAGAUGGUCGAGGCGGCCGGGGAGGACGAGAGGGAGCUGGCAGCAGAGAUGGCGGCAGCCUUCCUGAACGAGAACCUCCCUGAAGCGAUUUUCGGGGCGCCCAAGGCUGGCGCCGGGCAGUGGGCCUCGCUGGUUCGGCUCGUCAACCCCAUCCAGGGCAACACUCUGGACCUGGUGCAGCUGGAGCAGAAUGAGGCCGCGUUCAGCGUGGCCGUGUGCCGGUUUCCCAGCGGCGGGGACGACUGGUAUGUGCUGGUGGGCGUUGCCAGAGACCUUAUCCUCAACCCUCGGUCGGUGGGCGGCGGCUUCAUCUACACCUAUCGGCUGGUAGGGGGCGGGGAAAAGCUGGAGUUCGUGCACAAGACGCCCGUGGAGGACGUGCCCCUCGCCCUCGCGCCCUUCCAGGGCCGCGUGCUGGUGGGCGUGGGCAAGCUGCUGCGCAUCUACGACCUGGGCAAGAAGAAGCUGCUGCGCAAGUGUGAGAACAAGCACAUCCCCAAUCUGGUGACGGGCAUCCACACAGUCGGGCAUCGAGUCAUCGUUUCGGAUGUGCAGGAGAGCCUGUUCUGGGUCCGCUACAAGCGAAACGAGAACCAGCUCAUCAUUUUCGCCGAUGACACGCAUCCCCGCUGGGUCACCACCUGCUGCCUACUGGACUACGACACCAUGGCCACAGCGGAUAAGUUUGGCAACAUCAGCAUUGUGCGCCUUCCUCCCAACACCAGCGACGACGUGGACGAGGACCCCACGGGGAACAAGGCAUUGUGGGACAGGGGGCUGCUGAAUGGCGCCUCCCAGAAGGCAGAGGUCGUAAUGAACUACCACGUCGGGGAGACGGUGCUGUCGUUGCAGAAGACCACACUGAUCCCAGGGGGCUCAGAGUCGCUCGUCUACACCACCCUCUCGGGGGGCAUCGGCAUCUUGGUGCCCUUCACCUCGCACGAGGACCACGAUUUCUUCCAGCACCUCGAGAUGCACAUGCGGUCUGAAUACCCUCCGCUGUGUGGUCGGGACCACCUCAGCUUCCGCUCCUACUACUUCCCUGUCAAGAAUGUCAUUGACGGCGACCUGUGUGAGCAGUUUAACUCCAUGGACCCCAACAAACAGAAGAGCGUGUCUGAGGAGCUGGACCGCACCCCACCAGAGGUGUCCAAGAAGCUAGAAGAUAUCCGCACCCGCUACGCCUUUUAACGACCCCACUGAGGCGCGGAUGAGGACUGGGAGGGGAAGGGCGGGGGACAGGACUUCGCACAAGGGCACAAGGGCCCGCAUUGUGCCCAGAACAGAAGUCCUGCUGUGCUGCCUCUCGUUUUGAUUCUUGUUGCUGAUUUACUGUUUUGUCUCCAGGGAGCUCUGCCCCCUUCCGAGCGAUCACAGCCUGACCUGUUUGUGAGCUUUUCUGAAUGCCAGUUCUGCGGUUAGGCUUUUCAAAGAAUUCCUUUUUUUUAAGAAUCUUCAGUGUGGGCCCAUAGCAAUGCUGUGCUGAACCAUGAAGAUAAAAUCCCAGAUUUAACUCUUUAGUUUCAAAACCCAAUUUCGGAGAUGCCCCUAUUCCUUUUAAUUUAAUCAGCUCUCAUUCUUCCUGGAUCAGUACUCGUAGGAGUUUUGAGCAACGCUGGCAGGGGUACAGAAAGGUGCCUUUAUGAGACUUUUGGGUGUGGGGGGGUUGCUGGACCGUCUUGUACUUGUUUUUGUGUCCUUCAGACUGGGGGACACGAGGUUGCCCCUGGGUUGUGUAGCCCCGAGAGAGGCGUACUUGGCUGGUGGCUCUCCUGCAGCUCCUGCCAGUGUUCUGGGAGGACAGGAGAGACUAUUACUGGGCCGUUCGCAGCUGAGUGUGGGAAUAGAGCUCUUUUGUAAAUAAACUUUUUUACAAUCUGUUAAAUCUA